CAGAAUCUCCUCUUUGUUGGUAAUUAUCGAGUUUUCCCUCUUGAAGAGUAGUAGCAAACUCGUUAAUAGUGGUAGUGGUGGUAUUUGUGUACUGGUUCUGGCGGUGGUUGAAGUUAUUGGUGGCGACGGGUUGGUGGGAAAAUCUUUUUCGUUUCUUUCUAUGAAACAAGUAGAGAAAGCGAGCAAGCAGUUGAUAGCUUUUGGAUGUCGAG